AUGACCAUUGUCCGUUUUGAGCAACCCCCGUCGUCAUGGACCUGCAAAGGUGUCUUGGCAGGGGAAGACCUUGGAACCAUAGCAAUCCGAAUACAUGAGACCCUGGAAGUCCAGUCGACCAUUUUUCAAUUGGUCUGGACUCGGUGGCCCGAGUCCGUCCUUUCCGACCAUGAAACAGAAAGAUCAUCGAGCUGGACGUCGGUCGGAGCUUUUUCCACACUGACGACCCAUACCUGUACCCAUACCGGAGGCUUUUCAUACCCUUCUGCACCCCGCACCUGGGCCAAUCCAACCUCCACGCUGUCGGGCGCGCUCCGACCCUCGCGAUGGUCGGUCGCGAUGGAGUGCGAUGAACUGCUGCGCUCCAACGGCCUGAGCGAUGACGGUCAGCCUGAGGGCAGCGAAGGCACGCCACGGUCCCUGAUCCUGGUGGCGGCCGAACGGCGCGGGCGCCGUGCCGCCCGUAGUGGGCGGCCGCCUUGCGGCGUUUGCGGCCCUGGCCGGCUGGUGGCACUGGCGGUCGGCCUCCUCCUCCUCCUUGUUGGAACUUUGGGGGGCCGAACUGCUGGAGAUUGGAGGGCUGACAAUGUGACUGCCGAGAGCGGAGCGCCGCGCUUGGAGCACGCGAAGGUCUCCAUGGAGGUGCAGCUGCAAGAGGCGGCCGGGUGUCCAGCGGCCGAUUGGCAGAUGGGGCGGAUGGAGCCACCGAUGGUCGAAGACGAGAGGAAGGAAGGCAAUCCCGAUGUCCCCUUUCAGUUUAACUUUGAUGCUGAGGUCACCACCAGCUUCGGUGGCUUUGAAGCAGUCUCCGAUCCUCCCUUCUCUGUGAUGACGGUGGUCACGCAGCCCUACAGCUUCGAUUCAGGAGUGAAGUUCAAUACCAUCUCUUGGGGCUUGUUACCUCUUGUCGAGCCUCCAGUGACCAAAGUGGAAAUUGGAGGGACGAACUUUAUUGCUGAUACGGUUUCGGUCUUCCAGACAGAGGCUGAUGUGACUCCAGCUUAUAAAUUGGUUCUUACCGGUUGGUCUGCCAUCGGUCGUCGCUUGUCGGCGCGACGCGAGCUGGACGUGCGACGCUUGCAGCAAGUCUUUCGUUGCCCGGAUGGGUGUGAAAUCCCGAUUCAAUAUGUGAACGAUGACUUCUGCGAUUGCUCGAACUGUGCUGACGAGCUGGAUUGGACCUGCGGCACUUGUGGAGCAGCAGCCCAAGAGGAGGAAAAUACUGCGACAGGCGUCGGUGUGGGCGUGGGCGUUGGCACGGCCCUGGCGUUGGGCAUUGGCUUGGGCGUAGGCCUCGGCACUGGAGUUGGUGCUGGGGCUGGCACUGCCAGCUCUGCCGGUACGGCGGGACUGGUGGGCUUGGUGGCUUUGGCGGCGCAAGGGCUCCUGAGGCUUCGGGUGUCCAACAGCGCCACGUUGCAAGACCCCAACUUUGCCGAUGCCUCGAAGGAAACCGUCGCGCGACUGUCUGGGAGUGGAGUUGCUGCGGCGAUGGUGGAGCUCAUCAUCAACUGUGCCAAUGCAGCUGCGCCUGCGGGCAUGCCGACCAUGCCAGCUGUGAGUCUGCCCUACGAGGGGUCAAGCCAACCAAAGGGCGGGCGCGGGGGCGUGCAGAGCCGGCUCCUGCGGGCGGCCCGGCGCUUGCAAGAGACGGUGGGCGUCUGCUUUCAGGUGCGCGUGGGCGAUGACGCCGCGGAGGAGGUGUGCCAAAGCCUCAGCGCCUAUGACACGAACACGGUGCAGACGGUGCUCUCCUCCGAACUCUUGGAAGCUGGCAUCAACCCUGAGGACGUGUCAGUUGUGGGUUAUGACGCAACUCCCAAUCCUCGCUCUUACAAUCCUCUGCUCGACGAUGACACCAGCUUUUUUGCUCCUCCCUCUGGAUUUGCUCUUGGGAGACUUUGA